CCGUCCGGGGUUGAUGUAAUAGAAAAUGUUGAACCGCCGAAGCCGGAGCGCGGGCGGUCAGAAAUUAUCUUCAAUUGCUCAGAGACGCCGCCGUCUGAAAUCAGCUCAUAAACCCUAGAAUUUCUAUGUCUCUGAGGUUUUAAAUGUACGCUCUGAGAUCAAUUUUCUCUCUUUCUGCUCGCCAUUGCCAUCCAAUCGAUCCGCCCUUGUGCUAUUUUUUCUCUUCUUCUUCUUCCCGCCGCGAAGCCUCUGCUGCAAAUGCCAUCGUCGUUCAAUACCUUGUCGACAACUUUAAUUUGUCCACAGCCAGAGCGCUGGCGAUUAUGAGCUGCCGCAAGGGCGUUGAAUCAACCGAAAAGCCUCGAUCCGUUUGCAAAUAUCUUUCAGAGCUCGGAUUCUCCGACGCCCACAUUCAAUCCGCGAUCCGCAUCUCGCCGCAAAUCGCGUUUUCUAGCGUUGAAAAGACUCUGAAGCCGAAGAUCGAGUUCUUCCAGAAUCUUGGCCUGGUCGGCUCCGAUUUGGGUAAGUUCAUUUCCAACCAUUCUUCGCUUUUGACUGUUAGUUUGAAGAAUAAAUUGAGGCCUAGUGUUGAGAUUCUCAAGAAUGUUUUCCCCAAGGAUGAGGAUAAUAGCAACCUCCUGCAAGUUAUGAGGCGAUGUUCUGAUAUUCUUAUGAGAUGCCCGGAGUCUAGGUUGCUUGUAAACAUUAAUUACUUUCGAAGUUGUGGGAUUGUUGAUUCUCAACUCUCUAUGUUACUGAAGAGGCAACCUGUACUUUUUGGUAGGCGAGAAUCUCGAGUUAGAGAUCUUGUCUCCAUGGCUGUGGAGACUGGUUUUUCUACGAAUACCAAAAUGUUUGUUCACGGACUUCAUGCCAUCAGUAGUGUAAGUAAUGCAACCUUUAAGAAAAAAGUGGAGCUGAUUUGCAGCUUUGGAUUUACUGAGAAAGAAUGUAUGAAAAUGUUCACUUCUGCUCCUGUUUUGAUAAGAACCUCCAUUGCUAAGCUAAAGACUGGUAUAGAAUUCUUUAUGAAUGAGGCAAAAGUUAGCAGAUCACUUAUUGUUCGAAGACCCACUAGUUUGAUGCACAGCAUGCAGGGGAGGGUGCUCCCUCGGUAUAGAGUUUUACAAGUUGUGAAGUCGAAGAGGCUAACGAGGAAGAACCCAGAAUUGGUUGAUACAUUGGGGAUUUCUGAAGAGGAUUUCUUUGAUAAAUUCGUGUAUAGGUUUCCAGAUAAUGUGGAAGAUCUGUUGGUGGCGUAUAGUGGCCAAUGUGUGGAUGCAUUGCGACGUAAAGAGUUAGCAGCACAAAGACGGGCCAGAAUCAGAGAGCUAAUUUGAUCUAACAUCUGGUUGCCUGUAUGAAGUGUGUAUCGAUUUUCGAUGUGCUUUGUUCGGGCUUUGUGCACCGGAUUUGAACCAAGUUGUAUGGCCUUUUGCCAUAUGAACUUUGGUUUCUUUCAAAGAGGGACACUCCAAAUAAUUGAGAAGAUCAAAUUCCUUCGAAGAUAUACACAAUAACAAUGACCACCAGCAUUUUAAUUUGCGUAACGUGUUCCUAUCCGACAUGUAUCAAGACGCUCUUGAUAUUUAUUAGACGUUUUGUGGACUUUUGUUU